AAACAGUACAUUUGAUUUCUCGUCGUAGUCUCGUCUACUUUUCCAUCAAGCGAUAGCUUUUGAAAUAUAAUUCACAAACUGGACCUAUUUAAAGGUAAGUUUGUGAGAUAUUUAUAAUUUUCUAUUCAGUUGUGAUCAGUUUGGUAUUCGUACCUGGAUUUGAUUUGUGAAUGAGCGAGAUGCCAGUUCGUCGCUGGAAAGAAGUUAGAAAAAAAGAAUAUUCCGCAAAUGUAAAACGACAAAGUAAGUUUAAAUCCAGGUUCCUUAUCGUACAGUUUUUUAUGGGUUUAUUUGAUAUUCAAUUAUUUUGGAAAACCGAUUGUGUGCAACGUUUUACGGAAGUCCGGCCUGAAAAUUUGUGUCGCAUUAUAAAGCUGCCAAAAUUUUAUUUUAGGAUGUGUUCGACACAACUGUUUAGAUUGCCGUAACGAUAAACUGAAUUUUUGCACUAAGGUUUUAUUAGUGCGAUAAAAUUCAAUAUAUCUGGCGCUAAUACCAAUCGUCUCUUAAGUUAUUCUCGCAAAAUUCUCUCAAAAACGAUAAUCGUACGUCCAAUUCACCCGUUGAAAAUAAUCAUUAUUGAGAUUAGCAGAGUUUACUGCUGGUUAAAAAAUUAGCUAAAACUUGAAGUGUGCCCAUGAUUUGGGCACACAUUGUGCAUAUGACGCGCUUAGUUCGAGGGUGAUUAGCCGUCUUACAUUUUAGUAUUUGUAGACCCUCUGUGUAAACCUUGUUGGCCCAACUGGUAUCAACAUAUAUUGGAAGUGUAUUUUUUUUCGCUCGUUUUCUAGAAUCUGUCGGCUGCGAAAUGAACACUGUAAUACUCUUUGUUUGCAUAUUACUGGCGGAACUCAAUUUUGGUAAGUGAGUUAUGUGUUCGCUUAACUUCCAAAUCCUAAGAUUGGUCAACAUGUAUCCUCUCCUUAUAAUUUCCAUUUGUUGUCCAGCUAAAAAGUGAUGAGAAUACAAAAACCUGAAUGCUAAAGUCGUCACCUUGUCAAAACACUAGCAUUUCUCUGUGGUAAGGCCGGGUGAUGAGGGCGAGGGGUCAACCGGUGGAAUCGAAUAGUGGGGAGGAGAGGGGAGGGUUGAGAAUUAGUAGAGAAGUUAAGUAUGACUUUUGCAGCAAACGGGAAACAGCUACUUGACAUUGGCGUUUGCUGUCUUUACUUCGUGCACUUAAGAGCGUAUUUCUACCGAGAAAAACGAGAAUCGAUAGACUGUCCCAAAAAACCGAUUUUUUUUUUAGUCUUGCCGUAACACUCCCUUGGAUGAACAUAUUUGAGAAAAAAUAGUUAAAGGUUUCAUCGACUUAUGUUACGAAAGAAAUUUUCAAAAAGUUUUAAAAACUCGACACGUGCGGUUUAUAUCUAAUCAAAGCAGUAUGCUGCUACUUAAGUAAAAGACUUUGCUACUUCUUCAGAUUUUCCCACUUUAACAGCCACCAUGGCACAGAACUUCUUUAUUUUUUGAAACUUGGCAGAGCACUUUAAGAGAGAACAGUACGUUUUUUUUCUGAUAAUUUAUGGAUAAAUUCAAUAAAAAAGAAGGAAUAGAGAAGCUUCUCCUCGAAGCACACGAUUGCUUAUGUUUUAACACAGCAUAGAAAAGUACACUUUUUACUCGAGUUUUUUACACAAGUGAAACCUCCACCCUUCUCCUUGAAAACGGUAGAGAGCAAACGGCAAAUGUCAAAAAUGGCGGGAAAAAAUUGGUCAGGUGGUCAUCUCUGUCGUUUACCUUUUGCCGGAAACGUCAUGGUUUACCUUUAUAAUAAAUAAAUCUUCCCUCAAAUACCCGAGCGGCCCCUCCUAAGAGAAGAGAGGGUGGACCUCAUAGUUUCUUUUUUUUUUUGUCAAAACUCCUGUCCAGGGUUCCCGUGGGGUUUGAUCAAGAUUAUAAAACUGUCGGCGUCACGAUUAUUUUUCUGCUGUUGUUUUUACUUUUACUUUUACUGUCGUUGCAAGACAUUUGUGGUCAGUCACGUCUUCCUCAGGUCCGCUGGGAGGUAUUACUUUUCAACUGUGAGGGCUUUAACACACAAAAUACCAAAACUAAUGCAACAUAAAGAGGAAAUGGUUUUCUUCCUCUCACGAGCGUGGGACAUAGAAAACUUCGAAAUCCUCGUGAGGAAUCAAAUCUCAGACCCUUAGAUUUUGUGUUCCUUUGCUCUAACACUGAGCCACACAAAAACUCGUUGAGCUAGUGUAGGCCAUUACAAUGCAUUUGAUUGAAAGUCGCAAAACCAAAACCAAAGUAAUCACAUCAGCCAAUCAGAGGGCAGGAAAAUAUCACAAGGAGCCAAUGAGGCCGCAAAGUAAAAGAAACUGAAUUGUCUAAGCGCGAGAAAAGGCGAGUGGCCAAGUCACGAUUGCUUUUUUGUUUUCAAUCUGAUUGGUUGAGAGGAAGGCGCGAGUUUCUGAACCAAUCACGUAGCGAAGUAAAGCAAAAUCAAGGCAGUCUGGGAUUACUUUCGAGACUCAAUUGAAAAUCACUCUAUUAGGAUCAUGUAUAAAACGUGUCACGCACACAUUGUCUGGAUCGGCAAAGUCGAAAGCCCCCUGUUGGUCAAAAAAAAUAAGAUGGAUGGUAAAUAUCAAGCUCGAUAAUGAAUUGAAAAACUUAGGGAUGUCUUUUCGUCUGUUGUCUUUACAGUUCUACACUUUUUCUAAUACCGGUGUGUCACUUUUCCUUUUUCAUAGCGUUUUUGUCAUUAUCGAAGGAGUGCCCUGAAAAAUGUGGCAUUGCCUAUGACCCCGUAUGCGCCAGUAAUGGCAAAACGUACAAGAACAUGUGUAGGUUAGAGCGGGAAAACUGCUUUGCCGAAACUAAGAUUGUAGAGCUCUACAAAGGAGAAUGUUUGAAAAGCGAAGAGGACGAAAUAGAAGAGGAAAGGAGGUGAGUGAUAGAUUACUUAAUGAAAGUUUUGAAUAACAAAUGAAAAAAAAAAAAUGAGAACAUUACCUGACAUUAGGGAUUUGAUAAAGGUGGUCAGAAGCCACAAAAAAUUAAACUUUCUAAAAGACAGGUUGGAAUAAGAAAACGUCUCAAAUUGUCUUACUAACGAUCGAAAUACUUGGUUUAGUAUCGCGUACUUAAUGAUUGAGUGGGAGGGCCGGACGGGAAAAUAUUUGACCGAGAUCGUGACGUACGAACCGAGCACAAAGAAAUUGAAUAUUUCGAAAUGUUUGUUUUAAACGAAAUAGCACGCAAUGACAAUAGAUGGGCGCACACAGGACAACCACAAAGAAUGAUUCUACAGUAAAAACAUAAAUUUUUUUUUUUUCUAGUCACAGCGUUAUACUCACAAAUCAUCAAAAAAUGCGGUUUUUUAAAAUAAGAUCUUGGUUUUUGCUUUAAGUAUUUGCAACAAAUCCGUGUAAGUGCAAUGCUGGGCAGGUUUUUCCGGACUGGCUCACGUCAAUCCGUCCGGCCUUACACGACUCAAAUUUCGUUAUGGUUUUUUGUGGGACUACGCGCGCGGGGCCAUAUGGGACAUAUGAUAAAUUCUGUUACUUUCUUUACUAAUUAAAAAAUCUCUGUCGAUAUUUUUGUUUCGCUUGCCUUUAUAUUACACACCAUAUGAUGUAACAAUGGUUAUAUUUCCUUCCAAAAUUGAUCUCCCGAAGAGGGUCUCGAAGGGACCAAAUAUGGCGAGUUUAAGUGCCAUAUAUAUAUAUAUAUAUUCCAUGCAUAUCCAAUGUUUAAGAAACACCUUCUGCAGAAAACAUGAUACCGUAUUUUUGGCGCUCCAAUAUUGAUCUAACUCGAACACAGCCUCUAGUCUGACCUCCCAGUCAGUGAAUAACUUACAUAUUACUUGCUUCACGAGUUUUUUGCAGCCCUGCCAAAAAGCGUGCCAUCGCGUUUUGAAUGAUUUCCUCACACUUAUGGUUGCAGGUAUACGUAAUUCUCUAGUCAUAUCUCGAUAUAGUCUACUCAAUUCCACGUCACUUGCAGCAACCGUGAGCAUAAGGGAUGAAAUUUAGAGCAAGUGAUAUUAAGUUGCAGCGCAAAGUAUUUCAGAAAUAAUUGGGUAUACUUCGUGCAAUAUUGCUGAUUAAUCCGUGGAAUUAUUAUCGAAAAUUUUUCCAACUGAGUUAAUUUCUAAAAUACAGAUAAUGACUGUCUGAGUAUUUUUUAAUUACUUAUGUCAUUGCUUUGUUCAACAGGGCUUACGGCUGUUUGAGGGUUGGACGAGGUAAAUAUCUCACCUGCUGAAUAUCGAAUCGGGUCAUCAAAGACUUGUAUAUAGCACUAACACCGACUCGCCGGCAUGUCCUGAUAUAUAUCAUUCUACUCUGAAGAUAUUACUAAUGUGGACAAGUAAUGACGCAAUUUAAACCGGAGUUUGUGGAAUUUGAGUUAUAGUGGCAAUGUAAUAUAAUUUAAUUGCGCAUGCACCUGGCAGUGGUGAGGACAGACUGACUGACAGAUAGGCUGACUCAUAGACAGACAAACAAACAGACAGACAGGCGGAC